AAUGGGCAGCGCUGUCCGGGACGGGUUCAGAUUCUGGGGGAUAAUGGGCAGCGCUGUCCGGGACGGGUUUAGGUUCCGCCUCAUUUACUGGAGUUUCUCUCCUCUCUGUUCUUUCUUUCCUGCUGAGUUUUUUUUCUUUAGAUUUUCAAUCAUUUCGUUCCUGUCUUUGGACCCGCUUUGUUUUAUUGACGUCUUUUUGUAGGUGAAGUCUCCAGAACUGACCCCAGAAGGACACAAGGAUCUGUACCAGGACAUAGUCAUGAUGGAGGAUCACCGGCCCCUCACAUCACAAGAUGGAGUCAUUGAUAGAAAUCCACCUGAGAGGUGUCCCUGCCCCUCUAUAUUCCCAGGACUGUCCAGAGGGAAAUGUCCCAGAGAAGCAUCAGGUUGAAAAUCAGAUCAUUAUUAAGGUUGAGGUUAAAGAUGAAGAAGAGACGGACAUGUGGAGCGAUCGGCAGUAUGGAGUCAUUGAUAGAAAUCCACCCGAGAGGUGUCCCCGCCCUCUGUAUUCCCAGGACUGUCCAGAGGGAAAUGUCCCAGAGAAGCAUCAGGGGGGAGAUCUGACUAAUAAUAAAGUGGAGGAUGAAGAAGAGAGGAUGAGGGGCCAUCACCCGUGUAUGAGGGAAGUGAAGGAGGAAAUUCCAGGAGGUAUUACCCCAGAGCGUCCAAGGAAGAAACAUGAGGGAAACGUCAUGUUAUCUGUGAGUGAUAAAGAAGAUGAUGGAGAGAUCAUGGAGCGCUCCUCAGGAGAAGAUGGAGAGAUCAUGGAGCGCUCCUCAGGAGAAGAUGGAGAGAUCAUGGAGCGCUCCUCAGGAGAAGAUGGAGAGAUCAUGGAGCGCUCCUCAGGAGAAUAUGGAGAGAUCAUGGAGCGCUCCUCAGGACAAGAUGGAGAGAUCAUGGAGCGCUCCUCAGGAGAAGAUGGAGAGAUCAUGGAGCGCUCCUCAGGAGAAGAUGGAGAGAUCAUGGAGCGCUCCUCAGGAGAAUAUGGAGAGAUCAUGGAGCGCUCCUCAGGACAAGAUGGAGAGAUCAUGGAGCGCUCCUCAGGACAAGAUGGAGAGAUCAUGGAGCGCUCCUCAGGACAAGAUGGAGAGAUCAUGGAGCGCUCCUCAGGACAAGAUGGAGAGAUCAUGGAGCGCUCCUCAGGACAAGAUGGAGAGAUCAUGGAGCGCUCCUCAGGAGAAGAUGGAGAGAUCAUGGAGCGCUCCUCAGGAGAAGAUGGAGAGAUCAUGGAGCGCUCCUCAGGAGAAGAUGGAGAGAUCAUGGAGCGCUCCUCAGGAGAAGACCUCCUUACCCCUAAUGUCCAUCCAGAUCUGUCAUAUAAUAAUCCACCUGAUCAUGGGGAACCUUCUCCUCACCGACCGCACAUUGUUACCACAAGGACAGGUCAAAAAAGGAUUCAAUGUGAUGAAUGUGGGAAAUGGUUUACAAAAAAGUCCGAUCUUGUUAGGCACAGAAAGUGUCACACAAGAAAGAAGCCGUUUGUGUGUUCAGAAUGUGGACAAUGCUGUACAACGCAAUUACAUCUUAUUAUACAUGCGAGAAGUCACACAGGAGAGAAGCCGUAUUCAUGUUCAGAAUGUGAGAAAUGUUUUAAAAGUAAAUCACAGCUUGUUAUGCAUCAGAGAAUUCACACAGGAGAGAAGCCAUUUUCAUGUUCAGAAUGUUUGAAAUGUUUUACAAGGAAAUCAAAUCUUGUAAAACAUGAGAGAAGUCACACAGGAGAGAGGCAGUAUUCAUGCUCAGAAUGUGGGAAAUGUUUUAUAGAGAAAUCACAUCUUCUUACACAUGCGAGACGUCACACAGGGGAGAAGCCGUACACAUGUUCAGAAUGUGGGAAAUGUUUUACAAGUAAAUCAGAGCUUAUCAAACACGAGAGAAUUCACACAGGAGAGAUGCAAUAUUCAUGUUCAGAAUGUGGGAAACGUUUUAUACAGAAAUCGCAUCUUGCUAAACAUGAAAGAAUUCACACAGGAGAGAAGCCAUAUUCAUGUUCACAAUGUGAAAAAUGUUAUACUCAAAAAUCAAGUCUUAUUAAACACAAGUGUAGUCAGCACAUGUCAUUACCUGAUGCAGAGUCUGGAGCAGUGAGUCUGAUCGGUUCUCAGACAGAUUAACCUUGAAGUUUUCUGUAAACCUUGUCCUCUUAAUUGUGACAAUAUUGUGAUAUACUCUUUAUUGUGAUGUAUUUGUUUUAUUUAAAACAUUUUAUAAAAAAUAUGAGA